AUAGAGGAGGAUAUUGAAGAUGAAUGCAUCAAGCCAGGAAAAAGAAAAAGGUCUCUGCUUUGUGACAGUGAUGACAGUGAUGACAGUGAUGACAGUGAUAUCCUAGUUAGAAAAGUAGGUGCCAAACGCCCCUGCAGGAUGGUUGAAGAUGAAGGUUCUUCACUGGAAAUGGAACAAGAAACCCCUGGAAAAUCACCAGCUGCUCAAAAGCGAGAAUACUACCAGAAACGAAAGGAACGCUCAGAAAGAUCACGCCAGAGACAGAGACGCAACAGUGGUAAAAGUUUUGAGGACUCUGAAAAAGAAUCUUGUUCAAGCGUUGAUGAAGAUGAGGAUGAUUACAAAUAUGAUGAAAAUGGCGAUAAUUAUGUAAUUGAUGGUUUUGUAGUGCCAGAUGAGGAAUGUGAAGAGGAAAGUAAAAAUCAACAAGGAGAAAAUUUGACUGCAUCACAACUGAAAUUAUUAAAACAAAAUUCUCUUUGUAAGUUAAAUAUGAAGAUGAUGUUUUGCAUCUUCUUCAGAUCAUUUUAUAAUGCAUCAAAGCCUAUUAGUAUCAUCUAA